AUGGCGGCGCGGGGCGGGGUGAGGUCUCUCGCUUACUUUUGGACAUGGACAGACCUAAUCUGUGAAGAUAAUUAAAGUUCCUUUGCUCUGGAUGCUCCCCGGCGAUGGUGCCGCUGCCGCAGGCGGAGCUGGUGCGGAACGCGGUGCAGCUGUACCGGUACCUGCUGCGCUGCUGCAGGAGCCUGCCCGACGACAGCAUCCGCCGGCACUACAGGCACCACAUCAGGCAGAGUUUCAAAGUUCAUGCUGAUGAAGAUGACCCUGAGCGAAUCCAGCAGAUCAUUAAAAGAGCCAUUGAAGAUGCUGACUGGGUGAUGAAUAAAUAUAAAAAACAGAAGUAGAAGAGGAAGGAUGAAGACAAGAUGGACAUUGGUAAACAUCCUUAGAGGACUUGCAGUCAAGCUCAGUGCUGUAUUAGAAUUAUUGCCUGAAGUUUUCUCUUAGAUACCACAAAUACAGUAGUUUAUAUCUCA